AUGUCUGUCGCUCUCGAUGAUAUCUGGGAUGCGCCAGUAUCUCCCAGUCCACAAAGUACUACACACCACAAUCCAGGCUCAAUUAAACGACCAUCACUGUUUCUGAGUGAUUCUGAAGAUGAAACGCCCUCGGUAGCAAAACGCGCCUCGAAACAAGCCGUCGCGCCGCGGUCGGAAAUCGACGCCAUGUUCGAUGACCUCGACGAUGAAGGCGGCGGUACGACAUUGGAGCCUUUGGCCCCUUCGCUAGAUAUGAACGCUCUCAAGCAAGCGGCUGCCGCAAAGCACUCUAAGAGGUCAAUGAACACACAGUCAGGCUCGAGCCAGCGCCAGAUUUUACCCAGCAGUUCUCCUGCCCGUGGCAAUGACCUCACAGAUAACGAAAACGGGAACCAACGCGUUGACAAGGAAAAGGAAACAGAUGGCAAGAAAUCCAAGAGAAAACUCGCAAAGCUUGAUGAAGGACGCCUUUUGGGCCCCGAUGGGUUUCCCCAGCUAAUUCGCGAUACCAAGCACUUCCAGGCCAGAGGCAAGGGGCAUGAGAUGUCGGACCUGGGGAGGCUCCUUCGAAUAUAUCAGUUCUGGACACAUAAAAUGCACCCAAAAGGAUCAUUCAAGGAUAAUGUGGAAAAGGUCGAAAAAGUGUGUCAUUCUAAGCGCAUGCAAGUUGCGCUGAGCGUGUGGCGUGAUGAGGCCAAGGGUCUUGUCAAUGGGAAACGACCGGACGAUGAGCCACUGGAAAUACCCGAAGAGGAUGGUGACGAAGUUGUGCAGACUCCAGCUGAGGAUCGACGCUCUUCCAACCCGACCUCACCACCAUCUUCAAUUCACGCUGAUAACGACUUCGAUAUUGAUGAAGUCAUCCGACAAGAGGAGGAGCGGCUGAAAACCAUUCGCGAGCCCCCUGCUAAACCUUCUCAUCAGCCUUCCACCUCCAAGGCAGUUGAUCAUGUUAUGGACGUUGAUGAUGCUGACAUGUGGGCCGAGCUUGAUGGCUUUGCGGAUCCCUUCGAGGAGAAGGCCGGGUCUUCAAAGCCUGCGUCUGACAAGCAGCAAGAGCAAGGAGAUGAAGAAAUGUGGGACAUCGUCCACGAGUUAGAAGUUUCGACAGAGCCAGAGGUUCUGGAACCCACCACGGUACUUACCCGCUCUAAAGAGGGUGAGACAGGCAUGUCCAAUCGAAUAGUAGAAGUUACAGGGACGAAUGAUGCAGACUGGGACGACAUGUAUCUUUGA